GCCGGCUCGAGAGGUCGGACGCCCGGCGGGGCCCCGGCCGGUGCGAGCGCCCAAUCGGGAAACCCAGAGUGCCCAUGGCCGUGGUCCUGGGAGGCUGCGGAGCGUGGGGGCCGAGCGGCGGCGACUUCGGGAUGCCGCGGUGCCACGACGAGCGGCCGCCUCGGCAGGCCCCUUUCAUCGACGUCUGCCUGGCGCCGGGCGGCCGCUGCGCGUGCGAGGAGCGACUCCAGCGGCAGCUGCAGCAGGGCUCAGCGCCGGAGCCCGCAGGGUGCGCGCCGGAGCAGUGCUGGCGCGUCAGGGUCCCGUGGUGGUCGCAGUCGGGGCUCAUGCUCCCCGACAACGUGCACCAGCAGGUGGCGCGGCACGACGGCGGGGACUGGGGCCUCCGCGACACGCCGCAGGACCGGGCGCGCACGCCCUCGCCGGAGCCGUGCUACGAGAGGGCUACGGCGGCAGGGCUGCUGCCGCCCGUGCUGCGGUUCGCGCCCCCGCUGCACGGGGCUUCGCUGAACGCCGCGGCGGAGAUGCCCUCCGAGGCCCCGGACGUGGCCCUGCGCAGGACCGACCGGCGGCAAGGCCCCGAGCGGGUUGCCGGGCCCCGGCGCAGCGUGGCCGGUGGCGCGCAGGUUGCCGCGCGGGUGGAGAACAGCGACGAGGACUGGGAAACCGGUUCUCACGUAUCCGAGUUCUCGACUAGCUCGCUGGCCUCCUCCCGAGGCCCUCGACGAACCAGCGGCCCCGUCUACGUGGCCGAGCACCUUCACUGGCUCGAGUCCCAGGACCCGAGCAAGGUCUUCCGCCUGAAGAGGAUCCACAAGCUCGGCUUCGACGCCCCGGGCAUCCUGGAGGCGUACUUCAAGCAGUGGGGCCCCGUGGAGCAGGUGCUCCUGUCGAACACGCCCGUCGACGCUCGGG